CACGCUGGCCCGAAGGCUGCAGCAACCCGAUGAGAGGUGGCAACUUCGCAUGAAGUUCCUCCAGCAGGCCCAGAGCUACGUUGGUACACCGUAUGCCAAGAAAUACCAUCAGCCUGGAAGUCCUCAAUACGAGUCUCCCCUUUUCCUGGAUUGUUGUGGGUUCAUCCGGAAAGCAGUGCGAGACUUGGCAGACGAUUUUGGCUUCUACAUGGGCUCGGGCAACCAAGCCUAUCAGUAUGACACCCUUCCUGUGACCCUACCCAGUGAGGAUCAUUUGCAGCCCGGCGAUCUCAUCUUCAUCUCGGGAGUUUACUUCGAUCCACGAUGUAAGAGGCAACCCCACGACAUCGUCCAUGUGGAAAUCUGGCUGGGGGACGGAGAACGCAGCCUGGGGGCCAGGAGGAAGCGCGGCCGAGCCCAGGUCUUCGAAUCCUACAGGUUCGUCUCCAGCUCCUAUGGAGACAUGAAAUACCACUUCAAGUCCAUUGAGACGUGGCUGCAGGGCGUUUGUGUCAGCCAUUGUCCAGAACACAAAUGGGCUUCAGCCAGGGAUGAGGUAAAGAAAAAAUCCAUUUUCUACCCACCGAGUGAGCAAGAUGAACCCGCAGAAGAGGACGCCGGGCUUUCCCAAAGCCAGCCUCCCUCACCCCCCGCGAAUGAAGGCAUGCCGGUCAGGGUGGCAUCCAUUGCAGGAUCUCUCGGUACCUGUGGACCAAGUGGUAGCGAGCAGGUGGGAGCCCCGGAUCUUCAUGUGCGCUCGGAGCUCCCUAGCACAACCCUGGAGAAAACGAAUGAAGGUGUGGAGUCCGGCCAAAGUCGGGAGGAAGCCCCAGGCUCCCAGGAAGCAGGCGGUGAGGCUGUGGCAGGAGGAGAACUGGCCUGGAGAGAAGGGGGUGAGGCAGAUCCUGUGAAGACCCUCCCAGAAGAUCCGAGCCAGGACACUCCGGACUCAGUCAGCGACUUGGCCCAGACUUCCAGUUGCAAGGUAAACUCCAGCGGGGUCUUAACGGGCCACGUCGGAAAACGGAAAAAGAACCCGAAGUCCAAAACUCGAGACGUUCUGUGCCCUGAUGGACCUCCUCCACCUCCACCACUAGCCUCAGAAAAACCCACCUGGAUGGUUUGGCUUUUAGGAUGGAUGAGCGAAAGACCGCUGGAUGGCAAUGAAAGAGCAGCUGCCCUACGUUUAGGCUUCCGUUGGUUCCCAUACUACAACGAAGCAGACGAGGCCCAACGGGCAACGAAGCUGCCCAAAAAACGCCCGAGUCAUCCAAGGAUUCAAAGCAGCACAACCCAUCAGCAAGGAGAUCACAAGGCCGUAGAAAACAGGAGGCAGAAAUACAGAGCUCUUUUUCCAAGCCAGGCCCUGAAGCAGUGGAAGUCAUACAAGCAAAGCGGGGUUCCCAGAGUCGCCGAAGGGAGGUUCACAUAUGAAUUCAGAUCCAAGAAGCCCCGAGCCUUCCUGAAUGCAGCGCUCCGAAUGAGUCACCUGGAAGAGAGAAGAAAUGAAGAAGGCCCAGGAUCGGGGCCGUUCUUUUACAUCGGCGGAGCGAAUGGGGUUGAUGUCCUGAGUAAUUACUGCAAAAGUAAAGGGUGGCAAAGGAUUCAUGACAACCGAAGGGAAGACUACAUCUUGAAAUGGUGCGAGACCAAGUUUCGGGACACCUAUUGCAACUUCCGAGAAGGAGAGCAGCUUCUCUACCAGAUCCCAAACAACAAGAUCCUGACGACAAAGAUCAACCUGUUGAUGAACCUCCGGGAAUAUGAGCGGGUGAUGAAGAAGGUCGGCCAGACAGCCAAAUUGUUAAAAAUGGAAGAUUUUUUCCCCGAGACUUUUCGCCUGGACACCAAAGACGAGAGAGAAAUCUUCUUUGAAAUCUACAAAGAGCCUCACAUUUGGAUCUGCAAGCCCACCAGCUCCAACCAAGGCCGAGGCAUCUUCCUCCUGAAAAGCCAAGCCGAGGUCCGAACCUUGCAAGCCAAACUCCAAAGCAUGGAGGACGAGCCAACGUAUAAGAAGCUCCCUUACAAACUGCCUCAGGCACGAAUCGUCCAAAGGUACAUCGACCGUCCGCUGCUGCUGGAGGGGAAAAAAUUUGACGUCCGCUCUUACCUGUUGAUCGCCUGCACCGUGCCGUACAUGGUCUUUUUCGGCCACGGUUACGUCCGCCUCACCUGCCUCAACUACGACCCCAAAUCCAAUGAUCUCACUUCUCACCUGACCAACCAGUACGUGCAAAAGAAGAGCCCCAUCUACUCCCACGUCAAGGAGGAGACGGUAUGGCUGAUGGAGCGCUUCAACAAGUACGUCAACGAGAAGUUCAGACAAGCCAAGGGGCUCCCCAGAGAUUGGGUCUUCAACAGCUUUACCAAGAGAAUGAAAGAAAUCAUGUUACAGUGUUUUCUCUCCGUCAAAUCCAAGCUGGAGUGCAAACUGGGUUUCUUUGAUCUCAUCGGCUGUGACUUCCUAAUCGAUGAAGAUUUUAAGGUGUGGCUCUUGGAAAUGAACGCCAACCCUGCAUUGCACAGCAACUGCACGGCGUUGAGGACCGUGAUUCCCACGGUGGUGAACGAGACGCUGGAUCUGACCCUCGAGAUCUUCACCAAGGCUCAGAAAAACCAGAGCAUCCUCCCUCUGGACUCCCUCUGCCAUUUUGGCCUCCUCUACAAUGGGACGGCGUCCAACAACGGGCUCCCCCAGCCAGCCAAAAGCAAGACGUCCCUCUGUUCUCUCAAGAUCCCCCGGGCCAGCCUGGAGAAAGCCGCCAGGAGCAGCAGCCCCGGCCUGCCCAGCCCUCCGCUGGACAAACAGCCGCCCGCCAAAAUCCCCGAGAAGCUGCCGAAGGCAGAUAGCAAGGGAGACAGCGUGGGGGAGCCCUCUGGCGCUCCCGAAGGGCUGGCUGCGCCCCCCAGCAAAGGCGCCCGGCGAGAUCCCCUCCCCAUGCCUCAGAUCCAGAUUUCCAUCGUCCCCAGCCUGACCUGCUGCCCUUCCGUCAAAGCCAUCCUCCGGGGACAUCAGGUCUGCACCAGCGGCAACCAGUACAUCAUCAAACCCGUUCCGGCCGCCCCGGAUAAAGCCGAGGGCCCCGAGGAGCAGGCCAAGGCCCUCAACCUCUCCCGCGGGAACGCCAAAGAUAAGUCCUACACCACCUGGUUCCAGCAAACCUUUGGGACCAAGCUGCCUCCGGCCAGCGACCACAGCGACGCCGAGAACCCUUUGACCAGCUCCCAGAUGGUCUCCCUCCAUCUUCAGUCUGACUUGCCGCCCAGUGGCCUGCUCCUCCCAGACUUCCCCAAGUCCUUCUCCCCACUCGUGGUGAGCGUCAAGAGGCCGGCCGCGGCCGAGAGCAAGACCAGGGUCCUAGCCAGCAGCCACAGUUGCCGGGAAUCGCUCGCAGAGGAGAAAAAAACCUCCCACCGGGGCUCUUAAAAAAACGCCGGACCGCUGCUGGUGUUUGUUUCCCCAAAGUCCUCGUUCUCUUUUUCUUAUAAAGAACAAAAUCGGGAAGGAAAAGAAGGCCAGAGAAAAUACCUUUCUUUCUGAUGCGUUCCAGCAUUUUUUUUGGCAAGGUCUGGUGGGUGGGCACGGUGUCUUUUAUUUUUAUUUUUAUCCGGGCCUCUUAAAACAUUUCUCAGAAAAAAAACCACAGGGAGAAAUACUGUAUUUGCUAAAAGCCAAUAGCUAAUUUUUUUUUUUUUAAUCCGUUGAGCCUCGGAGAGGUUUCUGGGUUCUGCUUUUCUACCCCUCCCCCCACUUAGCCCCUUAUUUUUUUUCACACACCCCUCCCCCCACCCCAAGACUUACGGCCACACAAAUGGGCUCGAUUAACAAUUCCCAUCCUCCCAAGGAAGACCAAAAUAAUGGGUGGCUUCAAAGAUUUGAUUUUGGACGAUGAUCUCUCUCCAGUCCAACUCUCCAGUUCUGGAUAUGAGACAUUCCAAAGAUACCAGACUGAGGUCUUUUGGUAGGUGAUGAUGCAUUAUGGGGAAAUCACGUCACAUACGUGAGACCAUUAUGGAUGAAUAAUAUACAGCCCAUAAUAAUAAUAAUAAUAGACUGUAUCCUAAACUGGAGUCAAAAUGCCCAGAAUCCAGUUUAUUUCAGUAGGCCUUUUGGCAAUGGCUACAACCAUCUGCUUCAUGAAGUGGGUUGAAAGACCAGUCUGUGGGACGAGCCACCAACAGAACAAACUGUCUUCUAAUUAUUGGCCGUUUCCUUCCUGUGCCACCUAGGAGUUGGCUUCUCUUUUUCUGCCUCAUCCUCAGCUCCCGCACCACCAACACCACCAAAAAAGAUCUUGCAGGCCAGCUUCCAAAAGGCUACAGCCUGCCCUGCAGUGUUGGGACAGAGGUUGGGCACCCUUCCCGGUGCUUUAUCCAGGGUUCGGCCUGCUCCCAGCAUGCUCCCUAUGUGCUAGGUACUAUUCCGGGAUGCCCAGGCAGACGUAACUUGAGAGACUCGCGGCAGUUCACACAACUGGCGAUUCCAGCCCUCCUUCCCAAUCCUUGCAGGAUCAUGAUUGGUGGCACCAUCUUCCUGGCCUCUCCACCUUUUCCCCGCCCCUGUGUGGAAUCUGAUUUUGCAAAUCCAGCCGCAGGUUCCAGUUUGCAAAGAGUUGCGUGAAGGCAACCAAGAUUCCCAACUCCCGCGUGGGAAAAUGAGCUUUCCGUGAGAUUUCGCCUCCCGCUAAAGAAUGUAUGUGGUUAUUCUAGCUCACGCAAUCACCUUUAGAAAUCUCUCUAUACAUCAUCCAUGAGGGACGAAGUAAGCAGCUGCGGUCAUCAAGAGGUUAAAAACCUUGAACUGCCUUCCUCCUUCAUCCUUGUGAGUCCAUCUCUCCUAAAUUUUAUUACACCCAUGACAAUAACCCAUUGGGUGCAGUGAUUUUAAUAAACACCCAAAACACCAAGGAACUCUUUGCAAUGCUAAAUCCUGAAGGAUUUGGGAUUGGUGCAAAUUAGGCUCUUUAUUCCUAGAAGGCCGCCCUUCUCCUGCAAAGCUAAGACAUUCAGAAAAGGAACAAUUUGCCUCUACAAAUCUCCCUGUUUGUAGCUUCACCACCCCAAAGGAGAGCAAAACAAGACUUCAGGAAUCAAAGUCUGUCUGGUUUUGUAAAGGAGGCACACAAACAAAAAAUCAAAGCUCCACACUCCUUU